AUGUCUCCAUUGAUGGCCGAGGCUCAAAUUGGUGGAACCUCCCUUGCCGUGUCCACCACACUAAUUGUGAUAUUAACAAUUGCAAACUCCAAUAAUGUGCAUAUAAGAGGCAUAAACUUUUUGAAUAGCCCUAAUGUGCAAAUAGACUUGGAAAGCUCAACAUGGAUCUAUGUUUCCAAUGUCACCAUCUUAGCUCCAAAGUCAAGCCCCAACACUGAUGGUAUUCAUAUGCAGCAUUCUAAGAAUGUCUCCAUUGAAAAUUCUCGAAUCGGGACUGGGGAUGAUUGUGUUUCAAUGGGAGAUGGUUCAGCCUAUGUGAGUAUUAACAACAUAGCUUGUGGACCAGGUCAUGGAAUAAGUAUUGGGAGCUUGGGAAAAGGAGGAUCAAUAGCUAAAGUAGAAUAUAUUCAUGUCAAAGAUGUUCAAUUUAUAGGAACUACCAAUGGUGCUAGGAUUAAGACCUGGGAGGGGGGAAAAGGGUCAGUCAGUAAUAUUGUGUUUGAGCGGAUUUUGAUUCAUGAUAGUGAUAACCCCAUCAUCAUUGAUCAACAUUACUGCAACCGUCAUGAUCCACAAAGUUGCAACCCAACAAAGGUAGUUCUCAUUCUCUCUUAA